GACAUUAUAUUUUUAUCUGUACCUGAUGCAACUGGAACCGGCCGUCUUACGUCUGAGUGCCAGUGUGUCCACGGAAGUAGAAUUUGGAGUAUGCACAGUUACAUGUGGGAUUGGCAUUCGAGAAGUUCUGUUAACCAGUGGAUGCCCUGGGACUGAAGCAAAAUGUGUUGUCCGUGUGGAGGAAUGCCGGGGGCCAGUAGACUGUGGAUGGGGAAUACCAAUUUCUGAGGGCCUCACCUGCGUGAAGAUGCCUUGUAUCUAUAUACCUCCUGAAAAUCGAUUUAAAUAUGUUUGGAGGAUGUUCAUUCCAAACAAGACAGCACACAUUCUUCCCAAUGAUGCAGCUAUUAUGGAAGUUUGCAGAGAUACCCAUUCGGUUACUUUCCAGUGUGAGACUCAAGAAAACGGAAAUAAAAUUGCCUCUGUAAAAUACAUGGUCUACGCAACAACUGAAAUGGAAACAAAAAAAUCAAGAAUAGAAGGAGGGCAAUCAAGGAGAACCAUGACAGAUGCCAUUCUGGUCUUUUGCCUGGUAACUGGACUCAUUGUGACUGUUGGUGUGAUCUCUGCCAUGGUCUUUAUGAUUCUUAACCGGGCUGUUGUAAAAUCAAUUUGGGAAUCAAAAUCUGGGCAAGACAACCAAGACAAGAAGCUGGCCAACAGAAGAUCACUGUGUAACUUGGAAUAAAUAGCACCCACCUCCCCAGGAUCUGCAUCGGCCUUUCAAGGAACUGGAGUCUCUGCACCUGCAGCUACAGUGUUCUCACCAUCUGCAUUAGCCAUAGUACAAGAAGUGGCAGAGCCCUCACUCAGAGAGGAUGAAGUACAGAAGUCCUUCUAGGACUUGCGUAAUGAACAGAACUAGAAAAAAAAUUAGAUUACAUAGAAAUAUGAUAUAAAGAAGAUUAAAUAUGUUUGAAAUGCUGGUUUUAAGAAGUACUUUUUAUGGUUAAUUCACUGUCUUGGAUUACUGAACUUCAAGUGAAAUGGGUAAAAAUACUUCUAUUUUAAGGUGGACAUCAUUCCCCAGGUAGUUUAAUAGUCUGAGCACCUCUGAACUGGAGAACCAAGGCCAGAUUUUUGUGAGGAUGGUGAAAAUGCUAUAUUUACCACGUCUUAAUUUUAUGAAGAUGUUAAUCUAGACUAGAUGAAACUAGGCAUAUAGUCUAGGCAGAGACCAUUUUUUGUAAAGUGCUCCAUAUCUCCUUGAUGAUCUGCAUGCACAGCACCUACUAUGUAGUUACUAUAACCCAGUUUCUUCUUGACACAUGGAAGGAUGUGUAAUGGUAGGGAAGAUCGUUAAAAGUUUCUUUGUAACAUUCAUUAAAUUUUUACCUGCACAUUUGCACACAUAAGCAAUUCUGCUAUCAAGGGGACUGAAAUAUGUGAACAGAAGAGUAGCCCCACAGGGUCAGGCCAAGGAUUCAUCUGCCUCUGUAAUCAAGUCAAUGGACAAAAAAGGGACGUCUAUGGAAGAGUACAAUAACAAGGCAAGCCUGUAUGAUGUUUUCCACAUGUAUUCCUCUGGCUUCCAGGCAUUUGCGGGUUUUCUAAACCAGAUGCAAUUUCUAAGCAGUUAGCCAUUUUGAAGGGAUUUCUUUUCCCUGGCAUUGUUCAAUGUCCCCUUGUACCCAUGCAAGCUUCUGUCACAUAAAGCAUCCUAUGGCAAAGGGAUCCACAGCGCGACCACCUCUUCUGUCCAGCUUGAGCCCACUUCCUGCUAGCUUUAUUUGUUGCACCUUACUUCUUGAAAGGCAGUGAGCUGUCAAUCCACACUACCCUCUCCCUGAAAGGGACUGUCUUUUAGACCUCUAACAUAUCCCCUGGUUCUUUUCUUUCUGGACUGAAAAGUGCAAGAUCACUUAGCAAUUCUUCAUCCUGAGACUGUACUGUACCUCUGACCAUCCUUGCUGAUCUUCUCUGACCCUCCUCCAUUACAUGACUAGCUUGUUUAUGAAGGUACACUCUGUUUGUGUAAAUAAAAAUUGUUUGAUGCAAGUAAAAAAACUGAGCUGAUGACAUGUUGAAAAAUGGGCUGUGAACUGAUUAAAAUGUUUAAUAGAUUUUAUGAUUAAGAUUUUCUCUUGAGUAUAGCAGAAACUCUGAAAAGAGGCCAAAUAUUGAGCACUCCAGGGUAGAGAAUGCUUCUGAGUAAAGAACAUUGAGAAAAAAUUGCAAAGAAAUAGAUGGGAGGUAGUAACUCAUCCUCUCAAAGAAUUCCUGUUCUCUUCAGAUCUUCUGUUGCUGCAGAUGUUCUAACUGCACCAUCUGCAUAUCCUUAAAAAAGCAUUAUCAUAUUUUUCAGAGAUACAUCAUUUUGUUUGCUGUUUAGUGAAAAGAUCAUUUACAUUUUUGCAAAUAAAACAUCAUAUUCAAAAAUGACGUGCACUUAAUUCUAUAAAAAUAUCUUUUUUAAAAAGGAAAUGAUAUUUUUGGUAACACUAUCAUUAGCUAUGUCAUUUGAUAUCAUUUGGUAGACAAACCUAAA